UUGGAACACGGUUUUUACAUGGACAUGGGACACGGUAUUUUCCUAAAAUUUUAUUCUUAUCAUUCAUCGUUUUUUGUAUACGUAAUUUUUUUCCGGGCAAUGCCGAGUUUCUCAGAUAAUAGGUUGGUCAUUUAGUUGAUGUUAUAUCAUCUACAGUAUAUAUCGUCAUUUGCAUCCUUUUCAGCACAACGAGCAAUUUCGACUCAGACACUUCAGAGGAAGGCCACAACGAAUCUGACAUAGCCACAACUUCAGCGUUAUCACUAUCAGAAUCCCAUUCACCCAUUUCAUCCCCACACCCAGAAAACUCAUCAACUCCAAAACAACAUUUUUUGAGGAAGCCUAGUCGACCUGCCAAGAUGACUCCUUUUCAAGAAUCCCUUAUAAAAAAUCUCAGUCAGGCAUCAUCAUCGAUUACCCAAGCCAGAGUUGACGAAGAUGCAGAUCGUUUGUACCUACUUUCUUUACUUCCGGAUUACAAAGCGUUAUCUCCGGGGCAAAAGUGGGCAUUCCGUGAACACGUAGGAUACUUUUUCCGUCAAACUUUCGCACCUCCUACAUCUACGCCUCCUCUGUCAUUCCAAAACUACCGAACCACUUCAACACAUUGUCCUCAAUACUCCUAUCAAGAACAUAGUUCACUUUUCUCUCACAACAUAACCCAACUUCAGAAACUCCCACAGCCACCGCAAACCUAUCAAACAUCAUCUUGUAACAUAGCACAAGAAUCCACUCAAGUCACAUUCUCUCCCAGUUCGUCUUCCCAAUCACAGUAACGAUAUUACUAUAUUAAGUUGUAUUAUCAAGUAUUUUGUUCACUUUUGAUUUUUUUACAAAUAAACUCGAGUUAUGAUUAUUAUUGAUUAUUUGAGUGUAAUUUAAAACAUUAUUU